AUGAGUUCCCGUGAGUUUAGGUCACGUGCUGAGCCCGACCUGCUUGGAGCUCGGCUUCCGGAAAUCUGCGUGUGUGGGAGGGUGCGGUCCCCACGCGCGCCGGCUGAGCCUCACUGCAGGGCUGGUGAGGAGGGCGCGCCGCGGUCUGGCGGGGGUGGCUUGGGCUGCGGCCUCCCUGCGGCACAGCCGCUCUUCUCGUCCUUUUCGCUGCAGAACGGGACAACCCCCGACCAGGAGAGGACACCGGCGUCGGAUCCCGUGUGGGAGCGGCCCUGGUCGGUGUAGGAGAUCCGCAGAAGCAGCCAGAGCUGGUCACUAGCGGCCGACGCGGGCCUACUACAGUUAAUGCAGGAAUUCUCACAGCAGACUAUCUCUAGGACCCAUGAAAUCAAGAAACAAGUGGAUGGACUAAUUCGGGAAACUAAAGCCACAGACUGUCGCCUACAUAAUGUCUUCAAUGACUUCCUUAUGCUGUCCAAUACCCAGUUCAUUGAAAACCAUAUAUAUGAUGAAGAAGUGGAGGAGCCAGUACUCAAGCCUGAGGUGGAGAAAGCAGAACAGCACACUGCACAGAUGAGUGAUGAAGAGGAGGAGGACGAUGGUUGUGACAUUUUUGCUGACUCUGAGAAGGAGGAGGAAGCUACUGAGGACACUGAAGAAAAUACUAGACCUACAAAAAGUAGACCUACAUCGUUUGCUGAUGAGCUGGCUGCUAGGAUCAACAGGGGUGCCUGGAGCCAGAAAGAAGAGGAGCAGCUAAAUGAAGGCGAUAACUUCUUUGUGCCCCCCAAGCUGACUGAUGAAGACUUCUCACCAUUUGGCUCCAGAGGCGGCCUGUUCAGUGGAGGGAAGGGACUUUUUGAUGGGGAGGAAGAGAGCGACCUCUUCACGGAAGCGCCUCAGGAUCAGGAAGCUCGAGCCUCCAUUAAUGCAGCAUCUUCAUCCUUGAUACCUGCAAAGAAAAUCCCAGCAGGAGCUGUUUCGGUAUUUUUAGGGGACACUGAUGUGUUUGGUGCCACCUCUGCUCCGUCACUGAAGGAACCCCAGAAGCACAAGCAGCCCACCGCAGGGCAAAGCCCGUACCUCGCAGCGCCCACUGGCCUCUUCGAUGACACUGAUGAUGACGACACCUUUUUUGCGGCAUCAUCUAGCAAGUCUUCCAUGACAGACAAAGUCACAUCCAUUGUCAAUAUCUUUGAUGAUGAGGAAGGAUAUCUGUUCAAAGAAAAAGCAGCGGCUUUGCCGGAAGCUACUGUAAAUCGUGAACACCAAGCAAGAGCAAAAAAAAGGAUUGCCAUAUCUUCCAGCAAAAAUCUCAAGCUCUCAUCAGAAACAGAGACUCAAAAAGGCUUAUUUUCAGAUGAGGAGGACUCUGAGGAUUUGUUUUCUUCUCAAAAUGUGAGUAAGCCGAAAGAUGCAUCUCUCCUGCCCAGCAAACCCCCAAUGUCAGUCUCGUUUUUUGAUGAUGAAAAUAAAGAGGAUAAUCUUUUUGGGACUACAGCUGGUAAGAAACAGACAUCAUCUCUGCUAACUCAGAGUCAAGAGAAAUCAAAAUCCUCUGAGCCCUCUAGAAAAAAAGCAUCUGCCUUAUUGUUCAGCAGUGAUGAUGAGGAGGACCAGUGGAAUAUUACUGAUUCACAGGCCAACUCAUCAUCUGAUAAUAGAUCUAAAGGAGAACUUCGGGACUCUGGGACCACCCAGGUCCAGGAGGCCAAGGCUGUGAAAAAGACCAGCCUGUUUGAGGACGAUGAUGAAGAUGACCUGUUUGUUAUUGCUAAGGACAGCCAAAAGAGGACCCAGAGAGUAUCACUGCUCUUCAAAGAGGAUGCCGAUAGUGGAAGUUUUCUGUUUGGCUCUCCUCCUGCAUCUGUUCCUCCUGCAACAAAGAAAAAAGAGACCAUUCCUGAGGUACAACCUUUGCUGUUUAGCAGGGAAGAAGAGAAGGAGGCACAGUUCGGAGUGAAACCUGUGGGUAAGAAGGUUGAGGCUGCUGAAGAAUCAUCAGAACUUGGGACAACUCAGGUGGAGGAGUCAGAAAAGGAAGGACCUUUGACUCUCUCUUCUCAGGAAGCAGCCAAGCAUUCUGAUUUACUUUCUUCAUCUUCCCCAUUGGACAAAAAAACCAAAAAUAGAACCAAUACUGUUCUUAGCUUAUAUGAUGAGGAAGAGGAUAAAACAGAGGAUCAGAACAGCAUCCAAGUGCCAAAGACAGUAGGAAAGAGCAGGGUCAAAGUCAGUGGAAAGCGCAGACCACAGACCCGCGCAGCUCGGCAGUUGGCUGCCCAGGAGUCCAGUGAGGCUGAGGACAUGAGUGUCCCCAAAAGAUCUGUUGCACAAUUGGCAGAUGGCACCAUUUCACCAAAUGGCUGUCAGCCACAGCCCAGAACAGCUGGUGGAAAAGACUCUGAGGAACCUGUGGCAACUGCUACUCCAUCUUGGGCAGGUGGUCCCGUGCUUGGAAUGUAUGUAAACUCCUUUGCAAAAUCUUUGGGUCAGCAUAAGGAUGAUAUUUUUGAUUCUGAAGACAUUUUUUCCAAGGGCUCUGUUUCUCAGUCCACUGGGAGAAAAACAGUCUUGGUGAAGGCAGCAGAGAGCCUAGCUACACCUCCAGGGGGAAGUAAAGAAAAGAGCUCCGUGUUUCCUGCUCUAGGUGAGGCAGGCAGUGAUGAUGAUCUCUUUCAGUCUGUUACACCAAAACCAACAAGGAAAACAAAUCCCUUCCCUCUCCUGGAAGAUGAGGAUGAUCUCUUUAUAGACCAGAUGGGUAAGAAAAAUGAGUCAAAAUCCAACCAUCAGCAGGAUGUCAUCUCAAAAUCACAAGAUAUUUUUGAGGAUGAUAUAUUUGCUACAGAAGCAAUUAAACCCUCACAAAAAACAAGAAAGAAGGAAAGAACAUUUGAGUCCAACUUGUUUGAUGAUAAUAUUAACAUCUUUGCUGACUUAACUGUAAAACCAAAAGAAAAGUCCAAGAAGAAAGUGGAAGCCAAGUCUAUAUUUGAUGAUGAUAUGGAUGACAUAUGCUCCUCUGGUGUCCAGGCUAAGAAAACCAAACCGAAAAGUCGAUCCUCACAGGCAGUGCCUGAACUAAAAUCUGAACAGAAGGUGUCAGACAUAUUUGAUGAUCCCUUGAAUGCUUUUGGAGACCAGUAGAAUGAACGGGGCAUCAUAUCUAACCCUUCAGCUACAUCUUUGAGCUAAUGAUGCUAUCUUAGGUGCCCAUUGUCUUAACUGAAUUAUAUAAGCAAAUACUGAAACAGCUAGCUUACCUCUUAUCCAGUGUACUUUGUAUUUUUCUACAGUGGUUUUAAUCAUGGCUUUAUACUGCAAAACAAAAAUAAAUGUUUCACAAUGUUGUUGGGGUUUUUUCAUUGUUUUUUUCCCCUUUAAACUAUAUUUUAAUUAGCCUUGGUAGGAUCACAGUAUGAUUUAGGGCAUGUUUGACAAUAAAUAUAUUUGUGCCUUUCGUGGGUGGGCAGGGAAUCCUAGAAGUAGAAGAUGCCAGACAAAUGGCCAGGAGUCUUUCUAACCUGGAUGGGAGCCCGAGCUUAGUCAGAGCCUGGACAAGUAAUAAAGGAAGAGGAUGUGAGAUUAUAUACUUCACGAUUCUUUGCAAUAGGAGAGGGGGAUUUCCUCUGACUCCACUGAAUUAUAAGAUGCCUGUACAGUUUCACUGAAGCCAGGUCUGGUAAAUUAUGGCAUUCUACUGUCUUUUUUUGUAAAUAAAGUUUUAUUGGAACACA